CUCGCCUCAACCCUUUUCCAAGAAGCAAAGAAGCCCCUCCCCCAAUCCGUCCCCUUCCAUCCAUCCAAUCAAUCACUCACUAUUUCACUAAACCACCUAGUGUUACCUACUGCCCUUUUGCGGCUUCUCUUCCUAGCGGACACCUACCAGUCGCCUGACGCCAAUUGCCAAGUGUCUAACCCGAACCCCGGUCAGCUAAUGCCGGUCUUCUUUGCCCGUGCUUGAAUUGCUUGAUUAUUCAUUCAUUCAUUCAUAUUAUCGGCCCCCCUCCCCCAACCCUCCCAGUCGCUUGACCAUUAUUGCUUCGUUCUUCAAUCUGUUACUCUUCCUCCCCUCCCCUCCUGCUCCCACAUCACGUCCGCACGUCCGCUCCCCAACCAGCACCAGCUCUCCAGCUAUUACUACCCUGCGCUUGUAGCAUCUGACACCGACGAUCCAAGCUCCAUCUCCAGCGAACAGGUCCCGAGCAGGCGGAGCGCUGAUUCGCGGUCUGGUCUCUCUGAACCAUCCAGCAAAACCUCAGCCCUGCGACUCCUCCAAAUGACGACGGUCUCUUAGCAGCGGAUCCGCUGAAUUAUAGCCUCUGCAGUAGGAGCCCCCGGUUGUGCACCCAGGCCCGCGUUGCUGGGAAGGGUACCUCCGGCAACAUGGAUCACAUGCUGGUGCUGCCUCCCCCGUCGCAGUCCCCGACACCCUCGCAGCUAAAAUCACAAGACGCAAGUGCCGCUGCCUCCUAUCCGGACUACGAGCGCCGCUCAACGCCAGCGGCGCUCCACGAACCAACUUUGACGAUGCACUCGUCCCACCUAAACAGCCUGCCGCUACCGCCCAUCUCCCAUCCAGGCGACCCAACCUCGCGAUCCUUCCCCCACCACACUGCCGAGCUGGCCCCGAUCCAGCCGCCGCACGAGAAGCCUGCCAUUGGGGCCGCGCAAACUCUGCCGUCACUCUCCUCCGUCACUGGCGCGCAGACUCCUCGCCUGCCCUCGCUGUCUGCCGCCUCAGAGUCUUCGUAUUCUCCCCUGUCUACGGCGAGCACAUCGACAGCAAUCCCCGCGACCACAAACAAGACGGUCGCUUCUCCCAGUCUCCCCAUCAAUCAUUGGCCGAGCCUGAAUCCCUUCACCACAUACUACACACCGAGCCACGUGCAGGGUUCCGAAUCGUUCAUGAACGCGGACGUGGCCAGCGACAAACCAAGUCACCACAGGGCUACCAGCGUCAGCCUCGAUGACCCGGGGGUGCGUGCCGCCGCCGAGGCUCUGGGGCGCCUGCGAACAGUGGACACCAUGCCCCACGACAGCGACGGCCGGCGCAACCGGACUCCCGAGGCGUACCAAGUGGGCACGCCCACCUCCCAGGAGAGCUCCAGCGAGAGACAGCAGGAGCCCCUGCUGUCAUUGAUCACUACAUCUUACCCCAGCAUCGCCCCUGUUGCGUCAUAUCUAGAAAGUGCCACGUCGGUCUGCAAUACGGCCUAUACAAACUCCAAAAACUAUUCGCCCGUCCUCAGAAGGAAUGCCGAGUACAUAGAGGACCGAGUCGUGAAGCCGGUCGCCAAGACUGUAGGGAGAUAUGGCGGCCACGGGCUCAGGUGGUGGCUGCAGAAGCCGGGCAGGAAGCAGCGCUCACCGUCCGACCUGGAAGAUGGGCGACAGGGAGUGAAGCGACGGAAGGGGGACACGGACAGAGAAUCAGCCAUCGCGGCCCGCGUCAUGGCCGAUUUUGACAUAGGUUCCAAGGAUCGACGCACCUCGGUCAGCACGGUCGACACGUUGCCUGCCUAUGACGACCAGAGGUCGCCGGCCUACACCGAGAGGGCUGACGAGCAGAGGGGGCCGACCUCUCAGGAUGAAGAGUCUGGGAGCUAUAAGCUGUGGGUUACGACGUCCAGUCUCCGCGUUGCCAUGCAGGAUGAGAGCAAGAAGCGUCUCCGGGUUCUCAUCGGGGUGCUGAGCAACACCAACGGGCGGAUCACUGACUUCUUCGAGAGCCUGACCAAGGCGGUGGAGGAGUAUGAUCGCUCCAUCGCGGCAAAUCGCGAAGAUGUUGCCAUGGAUGGCCAAGACGAACACAGUCACAAUGAGCUCUCGACACGCAUCAUGACCCUCGUUGACGGCAUAACCAAGACGAGCGCAGCGACGGUCGACAUGGUCAACAAAUGCGCUGCGAGUGCCCUGCCAGAUAACGUCAAGGCCUUUGUGGCUCGUCGACUGAUAAGCUUGCCCGCGCAGUGGAAGCUCAUGGCGUCGCAAGAAGGGCCUGACGCGCCCAGGGAAGGUGGCGACGAAGCAGCAGCAAUCCGUCACAGAGCACACUCGGCUUUGGCGCUGGCCAAGGUGUCUCUCCAGAUUAUGACGCAAAUCACCGAAGUCCUCAACAUGACGCUGAACGCUGUUGAGGAAUGGUGCGAGAACCAAAACAAAAACGAGAGCUCCCAGCCAUCUUCCCCAAUGGGUGUUCAGGGGCCGGUGGGCGUAGAUGGCGACGUCAAGAUGUCAGAUUGAAGAGCACCGAGGGGCGGGGAGCAGGCUUGCUACCCUAUCUGUACCCACAACAAACUAAAAAGAAUAUGGAUCGAGCAAAGGCCAGGCCUCCAAAAGCAUUUAUCCUCAUCAACCACACGUCUCCUACGUACACAAUCAACUUUUUUCUCUAUGUAUCAUUCAGCCAACCCCCCACGCCACAGACUAUUCAUUCCUUUACCUUAGUCAUAUUUAUUGUAUUUAUUAAGUCGUCUUCCGAGGUUUUGACCGGUUGUUCUCUCCGUACAGUACAAUCGCUUCUUCCCUUCUUGCCUCUUUUCCUUGUCGCAGACUUCUUUUGCCGAUUGGUUUUCAUAUUUCAGGUUUCAAUAGACCGACCGAAUUUCUAUCAAGGAAGGCUCUCUUUGAUGGCGAGAGACGCUCGGUAUGGCUGGAAAACAACUUGAGGUUGACAGUUGAUAAAGCACACACACGAGGAUGGAGAAUAAAUCAGAGACCCUGUGAUAGCCUAUAUCCAAAAUUCUUCUAGGAUUGACCGCUCCGUGCCACCUUGGUGCAAAGAUGCACUUUGAGAAGGGCACAUUUUCGCCUUUUUGCCUGCACAGAACGUUGGCUUGAGUUAAUAACCCACGCACAUACAUAACACACGAAGGCGCAUAAAGUGUAUAUCUUGCGUAUCGCGUAUCAAGGAGUAUAUUUCAAAAUCAGAGAGCACCUCCUAGUCUGCAACUAUCCUAAACAGAAAAUAAACGUCAAAAUGAAACAUUGAAA